AAGUGAUAAGAAAGUUAGAAUCUGUAAACGUUGUGGUCGUGAAUGCUCAACACCUCAAAAACUUCGUGAGUAUCUUAAGCGAAAAAAUCUAUGCAAACCAUUACAAGAAGCUAACCAACAACCCAUUGAAAAGAAUAUUCAAAAAUCUGUUCAAGUGGCAAUCCAAGAACCUAUUCAAAAGAAUAGAGACUAUAUUAGCCAGGAGGAGGCAGACAAAUAA